CGUUUGACGCACGUUUUUGGUGUGCAGCGCGCCAAACACGGCUACUUACUAACAGCAAACGUAGAGUGGAGUUGCUGUAAAAGUAUCCAUUAGUUUAGAGCUAAGUUCACAGUUAACAGGAGGAUACAUGGCUUCUACCAGUAAAGCACCGCUGCAGCAGGCCGUAAAUUUACCAUGGGUUGAAAAAUACAGACCACAGAAGCUUGAUGACCUGAUCUCACACAAAGAUAUUCUAACCACUAUCCAGAAGUUUAUCACUGAGGACAGACUUCCUCAUCUCUUGUUCUACGGCCCCCCUGGAACGGGCAAAACUUCCACCAUUCUCGCCUGCGCCAAGCAGCUGUACAAAGACAAACAGUUCAACUCCAUGGUGUUGGAGCUAAACGCUUCAGAUGACAGAGGUAUUGAUGUCGUAAGAGGCCCCAUUCUGAGUUUUGCCAGUACCAGAACCAUCUUCAAGAAGGGCUUCAAGUUAGUGAUACUGGACGAGGCGGAUGCCAUGACCCAGGACGCCCAGAAUGCAUUGCGGAGAGUGAUCGAGAAGUUCACAGAAAACACUCGGUUCUGUUUGAUCUGCAACUACCUGUCUAAGAUCAUCCCGGCCCUGCAGUCACGUUGCACCAGGUUUCGCUUCGGCCCGUUAUCCCCGGACCAGAUGAUCCCUCGUCUGGAGCACGUAAUCCAGCAGGAGAGUGUUGACGUAACUCCAGACGGAAUGAAAGCCAUUGUGACUUUAUCAUCAGGCGAUAUGAGAAGAUCACUCAACAUACUGCAGAGCACCAGUAUGGCGUACGAGAAGGUCACCGAGGACACAGUGUACACCUGCACAGGUCACCCCCUCCGCUCCGAUAUAGCCAACAUCCUCGACUGGUCCCUCAACAAAGACUUCACCUCCGCGUACAACCAGAUCCUUGAGCUGAAGACUUUGAAAGGUUUGGCCCUGCAUGAUAUCCUCACUGAAGUUCAUCUGCUUAUACACAGAGUUGACUUUCCCCCAGAUAUUCGGAUGGGUCUGCUCAUCAAGCUAGCUGACAUCGAACACAGACUCGCCUCAGGAACCAAUGAGAAGAUCCAGCUGAGCUCAAUGGUCGCAGCUUUCCAGGCAACCAGAGACCUGGUGGUCAGCGAGGCGUCCUAGAUACCCCACGACAAACUUUUUUUAAUUGGUGGUAACCAUCACUUCUGUUUAUGCUAGAAUACAAAACAAGUGGAUGAUAGCAUUACAAUCACCUGUUUGUUUAAGAAGAAAACAGACUUCAGGUGUGUGCUGCAUGUUACCCACCACUGCUCCACAGUUUGAUUGUACGGAUCGGCAGAUGUCUUGGACACACAUGCUAGCGUCUAUCUGAGUCACUCAAAUCUGCAUAAAACUGAGAACAAGGUUGUUUGUAACUCUAGUACCUGAAAAGAUCCAUCGUUUGGCACUUAAAAUACGGACUUGGAAAACUGUAAAUUCUGUGUUGGAUCAACUCACUUCCAUAGAUUCAUCCAUCAUAUGUAAGAAUACUUCUGAGACAUGUACAAUGUGUUUGAAGCUGUUUAAUAAAACUAUUUCCUAUGUAUCCA